UUCUCUACAAACAAGCCUCUCAUUUCCUCAUCCUCACCACCUUCACACACUCUUUAACUCACCUCAAGUUCAUCAAGCAAUGGCAACAAACAAUGAAGUUAUUUGGGAAGUGGCCAAUUAUCUCCGUGUAUACAAAGAUGGUCAAAUAGAGAGGCUAGCACACCCAGGCCCUGAUUUCGUUCAUGCUGCUUAUGAUCCUAUCAAUGGAGUUUCUUCCAAAGAUAUAACCAUUGAUCCAAAAAACAAUGUUUCAGCUCGUCUUUAUCUACCAAAACAAGUAGAAAACCAGCCAGAAAAGAAAGUCCCAGUUCUUGUUUAUUAUCAUGGUGGCUGCUUCUGUUUAGGAAGUGCUUUCUCUUCAUGGAAUCAAAACUAUCUCAACUCACUCUCAUCCAAAGGCAACAUAAUCAUAGCCUCAGUAGAGUACAGGUUAGCACCAGAGCAUCCUCUUCCAACAGGAUAUGAAGAUUCAUGGCAGGCACUUCAAUGGGUGGUCUCAGAGACUAAAAAUGAUGCAUGGUUGCAAAACCAUGCAGACUUUGGACGUGUGUUUGUGGGUGGAGAUAGUGCAGGAGGGAACAUAGCUCAUCACAUGGUGAUGAAGAUUGGGUCCAGUGAAGGGAUGAAGGUGAUCAAAGGGAUGGUUUUGGCGCACCCAUAUUUUUGGGGAAUUGAGAGGUUGGAGUGUGAGAUUGCAAAGGCUGGAAAUGAAUCCUCAAAGGUAUUAACUGUAGAUGAACUGGAUAAGAUGUGGCCUUCUGUGUGUCCUGGAACAAGCGGGAAUGAUGAUGAUAGGAUUAACCCUUUUGUGGAGGGUGCCCCUUCACUUGCAGGGUUGGGUUGUGAGAAGGUUAUGGUUUGUGUGGCUGGUAAGGACUUAUUGAGGGAUAGGGGUAGAGUUUAUUAUGAGAACUUGAAAGGAAGUGGAUGGAAAGGAAUGGUUGGACUUCUGGAGUCUCAAGGAGAGGACCAUUGUUUUUAUCUUCUUAAUCCUGGUUGUGAUAAAGCUUUGGAGAUGAUUAAAGUUUUAGUUGAUUUCUUUAAGUAAUGCUGCAUCUGCAUGAACAAUAUUGGAACAAAAAGUCUUAUGUAUUACUGAAAUG